CUAGUUUCUUCAGCCUGUACUGAAAACACAGAGGGAGGAACUCUGACCAGUGCUAGUUAGCAGUUAGCUAGCUGGUUUUCUGUAUUAUUUUCUUAUUUUUGUGUGUUGUUUCAUAUGCAGAGAGAUGUGGUUUAUUUAUUUACUCAGCUGGCUGUCGUUGGUGGUCCAAAUAUCCUUCGUCACUCUUGCAAUAGCUGCUGGCCUGUACUACUUGGCAGAACUAAUAGAAGAAUACACAGUAGCCACCAGUCGAAUAAUAAAAUACAUGAUACUGUUCUCGACAGGUGUGCUGGCAGGGCUCUAUGUAUUUGAAGGCUUCCCAGUGUUGAUGGUGGGAGUCGGCCUCUUCACCAACCUGGUGUACUUCGGCCUCUUGCAGACUUUCCCCUACAUACUGCUGAGCUCCCCCAACUUCAUCCUCUCCUGUGUGUUGGUGGUGGUGAACCAUUACAUGGCCUUUCAGUACUUUGCACAAGAGUAUUACCCGUUCUCAGAGGUGCUGGCCUACUUCACCAUCUGCCUGUGGGUGAUCCCCUUCGCUUUCUUUGUGUCUUUGUCAGCGGGGGAAAAUGUGCUUCCGUCCACCAUACAACAAGGAGAUGACGUGGUGUCUAAUUACUUCACCAAGGGCAAGAGGGGGAAGAGGUCAGGCAUCCUUCUUGUGUUCUCUUUCCUCAAGGAGGCAGUGCUGCCCAGCCGACAGAAAAUGUACUGAGGAGCUCGGACUCGGGGUUCAGGUUUGGGGCUCGGGGGUGCAUGAGUGUGUGUGUGUGUGUGUGUGUGUGUUGGAGAUUAAGGAGAAGCAGGAAGGACUGUGCAGAUUUGUUUCUGGAUGGGACUAAAAAGAAGCAGUGGCCAAAAGAGGAAGGAGAGCACACAAAGAGGACGGACCAAUGAACAGAACAGAGCUUCCUGCUGGAUGAGCCGACUAGUUUACACAGGCCACGUUUGUCCGCCGUUGUCUUUCUGUCUGUUUGUACUGACUGCCAACAACAUCUACUAGAGACCUCAUUGAGGGGAUUCUGUCUGUAGCGCAAUGCUUUCUUAUUGUCACGUUGGACAUUUUUUAAGCUUUGGCAUUAAAAUAUGUAUGUGCAGGGUUUGAAAGUAACAACCAAAUACCUGUAACAUUUGACUUUUCUUCAGUUUUCCUCUUGACACGACUAUCCGCUGUGAUUUGUGUGUUGUAGGUCUCACACUUCAUUGGAUUCAAUACACAGAGUAGCAUGGGAGACAGUUUAGGAGACAAAAUACGACUGUUAAAAAGUUGUCUCCUCGGAUGAAGAAGGUGGGUUGGAGAUGAAUGAGACAGCUUACAGGUACUUUCUGGUUUAAUCCUGAAGUCCAAGCUUAGGGUUUUUUUUUUUUGUGAAAUGAUCAUAGAAAAGAGAAAAGUGGCAAGAAAAAUUCCACAGGUCGCCACAGAAGCUGUUAUUAAGAUUACUGACAAUGAGAAAAGGGCAGUCUGUCGUUAGGAAGGAAUAAGGAAUCUGCUUUUGAUCUAUGGAAACAUUUUUUUCUGAUUACGAAGUGUGAUAUGAUAUAAAUGCUCUGCCCUGUAGCAUCACAUUGAUGAAAAGGGGUUAAAAUAAUGGCGCUUAGAAAGGAUUAUGUUUCACCCUUAAAUUGGUGAGCUACAAGAGAUCUCUCUCACUCUGGAUGAUUGACAGUUGUCCAUGACAACAACACCAGAUUUUUUUAUUUUGUUGCAUCUUACACAUUGAUUAAUCACCAGUGCUUGUAUUCUGCAACCUGGCCAUCUUUUUAGGACUCUUUUUAAAAAUUCACAGUAAUAACAAACUGCUUUUUGUACAUUGAUCAUCGAAGACAAAUGAAAGCACUUCUGAAGAUCGAACCUGUGCAGUGACUCUUGCAAGCUUACAGGUGUUGGGGACAAAAGCUGCUCAUAAUGGUCUGAUGAAAAUACUGUUGAAGAGGCAGAAAUUCUUCCUACCAAUUACUGAGUGCGAUUCAUUGUAGGCUGGUAUGCACACAACUGAAUAAUAAAAGAUUUUGUUGACAUAA